AUGCUGGACGUGAACGACUUCAUCAAGGAGCGCAAUGGCGACCCAACCAAGAUCAAGGAGUCGCAACGUCGCCGCCAUGCUCCAGAAGAGGUUGUGGACGAGGUGAUUGCCAUGUUUGAGGAGCACAGAAAGACGGAUUAUGCAGCAAGGACCGAAAUGGGCGCCAAGAUCAACGCUGUGCAGAAGGCAAUGGGCCAAAAUAAGAAGAGCAAGGGCGAUCCGAAAGAGUUUGAGCAAUUGAAGCAGCAGAAGGACGAUUUGGCUAGGGAACAGGAGGCAAUGAAGAAGCAAGCUGAGGAGAUCUAUGCUCAGCUUCAGAAAAAGGUCAAGAGCAUAGGCAAUUAUGUCCACGAAACAGUGCCUGUCUCAGACAACGAAGACAACAAUGCUACAAUACGCACAUGGGCUCCAGAGGGCGUGACGGUGGAGAAGAAGGACUGUUUGUCGCAUCAUGAAGUCCUCACGCGCUUAGACGGUGCCGACUGGGAUCGAGGUGUCAAGAUUGUCGGUCACAGAGGCAACUUCCUUACCGGCAAUGGAUACUACCUGAAGCGAGCACUAGAGACGUAUGCCAUGGACUUCCUCCGCAAGAAAGGCUACACCGCAUGCCAACCACCAUACUUCAUGCUUCGAGAUCAGAUGGCCAAGACUGCCCAGCUAGAGCAAUUUGACGAGGAGCUUUACAAGGUUACCGAGAAAGAGAAUGACCCCACCUCCGACAAGUACCUCAUUGCCACCUCUGAGCAGCCCAUCUCUGCCAUGCAUGCUGAUGAGUGGCUGAACAACAGCGAACUCCCCAUCAGAUACGGCGGUCUGUCCACCUGCUUCCGAAAAGAGGCAGGCUCGCAUGGCAAGGACGCCUGGGGUAUCUUCCGUGUCCAUCAGUUCGAGAAGGUUGAGCAAUUUGUCUUCUGCAAGCCCGAGGACAGCUGGAAGCAUUUCGACGAGAUGAUUGGCUUUUCGGAAGAGUUCUACAAGACCCUCAAAAUCCCAUACCAAGUUGUAGCCAUCGUCUCCGGUGCUCUCAACAACGCUGCUAGCAAGAAGUACGACCUUGAAGCAUGGUUCCCAUUCCAGGGCGAAUACAAAGAGCUCGUCUCCUGCUCCAACUGCACAGACUACCAGACCCGCGAACUCGAGAUUCGGUAUGGUCAGAAGAAGCAGACCGAUCCGUCAUACAAGAAGGAUUACGUGCACGCACUCAACUCGACUCUUUGUGCUGUGCAGCGUGCGCUGUGCUGUGUGAUGGAAAACUACCAGCGUGAGGAUGGCAUGGAGGUUCCGGAGGUACUUCGUAGAUACAUGCCAGAUCAGGAGGAGUUCUUGCCUUAUGUGAAGGAGCUGCCGAAGGAUUCUACAUCGCUCAAGGCAAAAGGUACAGCAGAGCAGAAGAAGGGGGGAGGUAAGCCGCAACUCCCCAACCAGGGAGAGGUAGUCGAGCGGCCAAAGGCAGUCGCGGAAGAGAAGCGUUCAUAGCGAUUGUCCUGAAAUGUCGAGGGCUACAGUCGCUAGCCCUGACAAAAUAGCAUAGACUCAGAAACGUGACAAGGAAUCAUUCUCGGCACUACAAGAGUGCGUGUUUGAUUGGGAGUAAUGCCCUACGUUUGUAGAAGAAGUGAAGGCGAGAGGC